GCAGGGUUGAAUUGAACGGUCGUGUGGGGUGAUAAUAUAUAUUAUUCUGUAUCCCUCUGUGGAGAAUUAUUGUGUAUAAAAGCAAUUAAUGAGCGUUUAUUUAUCAGUGUUAAUUAAGCUACAGAAACUACUAACGAUGUUGUCUAAAGUGGUGAUCGCUUUAGUGUGCUUGAGUGUGGUGAACGCAGCCGCAUUCACUAUCAACGCUUAUGAAGAUGAUUAUGAAAACAAAGAAGUGGCAGACACAGCAGCACCCAAGAGUUGCAACUUGAACUGGUGCAAUCAAACCUGUCGUCGGAUGGGGUACCGUAGUGGAGUAUGUGUCAACGGGCGCUGCAAGUGUGACUUGUUGUAUUCUGAAAACCCCUUACUGGCACCAUCCGAAACCGAUUCUGCUAAAAGCAGUCUCAUCGAAGAUCUUUCUCUGGAUACAUCCGUUCGCAACUGUGUAAACUCGCAAUGCAAUACUAUUUGCCGCUUUCUCGGAUUUGCGCGCGGUGUUUGCAUCAGCGCCAAUGUAUGUGAGUGCUACAGACAAUUUGCUUUCGAUGGCAUUAAUGAUGUCGAACCAGCUUCCCUCGACGAUGUUAAUAUGGCUAAAAGCAACCCUGUCGAAGAUAUUUCUCUAGAUACAUCUCCUCGCAGCUGCGUAAACUCACAAUGCAAUGCUUUCUGCCGCCGUCGCGGAUACGCGCGCGGUGUCUGCGCUGGCCCCAAUGUAUGUCGGUGCUAUAGACGAUUUGCUUUCGAUGGCAUUAAUGAUGUCGAACCAGCUUCCCUCGACGAUGUUACUCUGGUUAAAAGCAACCCUGUCGAAGAUAUUUCUCUGGAUACAUCCCUCCGCAGCUGCGUAAACUCACAAUGCCAUGCUUUCUGCCGCCGUCGCGGAUUCGCGCGCGGUGUCUGCAUCGGCCCCAAUGUAUGUCGGUGCUAUAGACGAUUUGCUUUCGAUAGCAUUAAUGACGUCGAACCAGCUUUCCUCGACGAUGUUACUCUUGCCAAAAUCAACCCUGUCGAAGAUAUUUCUCUAGAAAAAUCUCUUCGUAGCUGCGUAAACUCGCAAUGCAAUGCUCUCUGCCGCCGUCUAGGAUUCGCGCGCGGUGUUUGCAUCAGCGCCAAUGUAUGUCGAUGCUCUGGGCGCUUGACUUCGGAUGCUACCUUCGAUGAAAUUACUCUAGACAUUAACAACCCUUCUGAAGAUGUGUCACUGGAGACUUCCCUCCGUAGCUGCGUAAACUCGCAAUGCAAUGCUGUCUGCCGCCGUCUCGGAUUCGCGCGCGGUGUUUGCGUCAGCGCGAAUGUGUGUCGGUGCUCUGGACGAUUAGCUUUUGACGCUACUCUCAAUGAAGUCGAACCGGAUGCCAUCGAAGUCAACGAAAUCAAUGCAGAUAGUGAACCGACUGCCGACCAUGAGAGCAACGACAUUCCUCAAAAUAACGAAUAGUGAGGUCAUGAUCUUGGUCUGAAGGCCAAGUCAACGUAAAAUUCGCAUUUGCCCAUGAACGAAAGAAAAAUGGUUGACCUACAGAAUAGUUAAGUUUUAGUAGUAGUUUAAUUAUUGUUUAAAUAUAACUGAUACCUAAAGUAUCAGUAUGAACACUAAAGUAGUGUAAAUAUAUAACAUUAUAUAGCCAUAAAGAACAGUAUUAAUAAAGUUUUUUUAUAUGUAUCAUGUGUUUACCUGAGAAUCUCCAACAAAAUUCAUAUUUUGUAUUAAAAAAUAAAUACAGUCGAAGUAGUAGAAGAAAAAAGGGGUAUUAGAAAAUUUACAUAAGUGAAAAAUGAACCUCCCAA